GCAAAAUGUAAGGGUAACCCUGCUUCAUCCGUACACAUUUUUUUCAUUUCCCCAUUUAUUGAGAAGCUUUAACCGCAUCUCCUUCCGACUCUUUUGAAGCCCCUUUUUUUUGGAUGUUCACCUGUUCGUUAAAUUUCCCCUAAGGGUAACUUCUCUUUUGUGAUGUUCUAAGUUUAAUGAGAAAGGGAGAGCAAACUUAAUGGGCAUGAAAACCCUUGUGUGAUGUAAAGCAGUUUAGUAGAAGGCCUACUUUUGAGUUGCCCCUUUUUGCUAACUGCUCUUUGCUCUCUGCUGAUGUACUCUGAAGGACAACAUGAAGGAUCCUCUGGAGUACGUCAACAAAAUAAACUUUAACACCAACCGGUUUCCGCAGUAUACCCAUCUGAUAGAAAGUUGCCCCUCGGAACAUGAAAAGGAAAAGGUUGUCCGGAUAUGCCGCUGCUGGCAGUCAGCGAAGUUUCCCUACUGUGACGACACGCAUAAGAUCCUCAUGGAGAACGGAGAUGAUGUUGGGCCGUUCGUAGCCAAACUGUCCAGCUACAAACUAUCGGACGAAGAAAAACUGAAGCAGCAAAAGUAUAAUGAAAAAUAUAUAAAACUAAACAACAAGUUGUCAUCUGAUAAGGCUUCUAUGUCCAUUUUGAAAUUUAAUUAUAGGCCAUAUGUGAGCAACAAGUUCAGGAAAUCGCUCAUGCUGUCCGUUGUCGUUUUGACGUCAGCCUUGCUGUAUGAUAAGAAGGAGAAGUUGGCUGGCCUUUACUCAGCGCAGUGAAGCGAAGAGGUCACUUUUUUAAAAUAUCACUCCGUGGAACUUUC